UCAGUAUUCACAUUGUUGACGAGUUCAUUAACUGGGAUACAUCUUAAAUAACAUUCACUAUAAAACGUACAUAGCUGAGUUGGUAAUUUAGGAACGACGAGAGAAACAACGCUAGUAUAGGCAAUAUAUGUAUUGUGGCGAUCGGACGUACAACUAAACAUCAUGAGUUGGGUCUUAAUAGUAACAGUUUUCGUUAUACUGGUGUAUAUUUUUACAACAUGGCGACGUAACAAAAAUAAAACACCUCUACCACCAGGACCCUCCAUCUUCCAAUCUUUGCAGAUUGUGUGGGGAAUGAUUCGAAGAAACGACAUACACCAAGUGGGAGAGAGACUUUCCAAGCGUUAUGGUGAUAUAUUUGUCAUUAGAGUAUUUGGCUCGCAUUUAGUGUAUGUAAAUAGUUUUCGCAUUCUGCGUAAAAUGUUUACAUCCACAGAUUAUCGCGAUGUAACAAACGACAGACCGCCAUCUUUUCUUAGAGAAUACGUUUUGCCAACAAAACAGGAAAUGGCAUUUAGUAAUUAUUCUGAAAAUCAGGUGAAGUUAAGAAAGAUUUUUCACAACGUAGUAAAAUUAUAUGGCGACGGCAUUCAUGCAUUUGAGCAUCUGGUGACAUCCGAGAUACAAAAUCUGGAAGAAAGAUUAGCAAGUGUCAAAACGGGCCAAUCUGUUGAUUUUGAUAUGGAAUUAACACAUUCUAUAAUAAGAAUUCUCUACAUUUUCUUGACAGACGAACGUCCUAAGGAUGAAGCAAUGGUCUGUUCUACCAUUGAAAAUUAUGACAGACUUCUUAAUAUUAUAUUUCGAUUCGACAUCCAUACCUCGCUGACCCUGUUUCCAUGGCUUCGUCAUUUACCAACAUUCAUUGGAAAGGCGUUUUUAGAGGUCAUGGAAGAACAAGAACGUGUGUUAGAUCUUUUCCUUCAUCCAGUAAAGAACGAGGGUAAGAAACUCAGUGGUGGCCUCCUGGGUGCUAUGUUUUCUGAACAAGAACAUGAUUCCACUUUGAGUGAAGAAUCUGUUAAGGGAGUAAUAAUCAAUACUGUAGUAGGAGGAUUUGUAACUACCAAAGGUUUUCUUAGUGGAUUCUUCUUAUUGAUGCUUCAUUAUCCAGAUAUACAAAGUCGUAUACAGAAUGAAAUAGAUAAAGAGAUUGGUGAUAAACAACCAAUUUUGAAUGAUCGACAAGAACUACAUUAUACCAAUGCAGCCAUUUUAGAAUGCUUUAGAUACAUACGACAUACGACAAUAGGUCUUCCACAUAUGAACAACGCAGAAUUUGAAAUUGAAGGAUAUAGAAUUCCUGCAAAUUCCACCAUCAUAACAAACUACUGGUAUAUGGCUAGAGAUGGAAAGAUCUGGAAACAUCCAGACAUGUUUAAGCCAGAAAGAUUCUUGGACGAUGAUGGUAAACUUGUAUCUAGUGAUCAUCCUCUAAGACAAGUAUUUAAUCCUUUUGGAGUUGGAAGAAGAAAUUGUGUUGGAGAAUCAUUCGCCAAGUCUCGUAUAUUCCUGUAUGUGACGUCACUACUACAAAAAUUCACGUUCUUACCAGAUGGUGGUGCACUUCCUUCAGAAGAUUCCUCAACAUGGAAACCGUAUGCAGCUUUACACCCGGAUUCAUUGAGCUGUUUAAUUAAAAUACGAAAAAAUUAUGAACAUUAGGCCUGUUCUACCAUUUCAAUUUCGGAUUAAUAAUGUUACAUUUGAUUAAAUUUGAAGAAGGAAUGCAUCUGUACAUUUACGAACCAAAAUUAAAACAUAUAUCGCAGGAAAUCAUAUUGGAAGUGUUACUGAAGCGAACAUUUCAGUUGGAGUGAUCCUGGUAGUGGUAGUCUCAUAUAAAAUGUUCACCUUCUUUGCGUAAGGGUAAACCUACACGGAUAUGAAAAAUAAAACAUUCGAAGGAGCUUUAAUUUAGGUAAAAAUACUUAUGCAGAUCUGAUUUGCUAUUUCUAUUAGUAAUCAGACAGGCUUUAAACUAUUGAAUUUUCGCAAGUCUUAUAUUUAUCUGUUAAAGUUGUACCUAAAUCCCAAAACCGCAAAUCCAGUCCAUCAAGAAAGUGAAUGGCUAAUUUCAAUAUCACAAUUCCCGUUCAGAUGAAUACGUGAAUGAAGAAUGAUACAUGUAGCAAGUUAUCAUAUUUUAAAUUUUUUGUAGUCGAAAUACAAUCUACUCGUAUUAUUACAUAUUUGAGAGAGCAAUAGAAUGGUGUUGAGCAUUCCAUGUUGGUAUAUUUUAAAGACCACAUGUGUACGUUGAUGAAUAAUAUAUUUAAUUACAAUUACUAAUAUCUACGAGCGUUUUGGGGAACAUCCAAGUUUAGUGGAUUGUAUGCUUUAUCUGAAUUAUAAUAAA